AUGUUGAAAUUAAUCGUAGUCCUUUCUCUAACUCCUUUAUAAUUAUUUUCGAUAAAUCUUAGAAAAAUAAUCAUUUUUUGGGGUUUUUUUAGUCACCAUAUAAUAAGGCGAAGUAAGCUGUUUCAUCAUAAACGCCAAGCUUACUGAUAAAACUCCGAUCGAGGCAAACCACCAUACCAGCCUGAUCUCUCAAGGCUACACCCUUGGCAAGACUCAAAUGGGUGAUAUUAGCUACACUAAGAUGGUGUCCCACACUGAAAAGCACUCGAUUGUUUACUUCAAAGACUGGAACACCCUUAGCACUCAGCUGAUCCAAAGAUUCACCGACAGAAUUGCUAGCGGCCAGCGUUUUGAGUACAAUCUAGAAGCCAUCAAUUGUGAAUGGGGCGAAGGUCCUGAUUAUUGGAGAUUCCUCCCAGCCUUCAAAGGAGCUGCCUUUGUAAACGGCCCCGCAGUAACCUUUACCAACCACUGUUUCCAACAGGGUAGCGCUCAGAUUACUAACAGCUCCAGCACUUCAAUUACAUUGACACUUAAUGUUGCCCAAGCUUCAAGCUUCGACUGCUACGAUACUUUCCUUAUUGCUAUCUUAGAUCAAUAUCACAUUGAUAAGGUAUCCCCAUAAGGAUUUAUAUAUAAAAAAAAGAGAAAAUAAUCAUUUAUAUAGGAAAAUUAAGAAAAAACAGUAUAGAAUUCCACGGAAAAGUUUCAGUUACCUUCAAUAAUCUUACACCAAACGACCUUUAUGAUAUCACCCAAAACGGUGUCAGAGUUUUCACCUUCUGCGACGACAUUUCAACCCUCAUUGAAGAUGUCGCUAUGACCGCCGAACUCUUCUCAGGAGGCUUCACAACUGAUAAAUGGCUUCCUGUUGUUGGAUCCCACGUCACCUGGUGGAUGGAAAGAUCAAAUAUACAGUUCUUACAACAAGCCAUUAACUAUACAAUGAUCAGAAGACCAAAUACAGCUCAGACAUUACAGAAAGAACAAAUUGCCUCAGGAUCAUUCUUGGCUGUAACAAGACUAGACGGGCUUGAUGAAAUUAUCAUGUGGGGAUGUGGAAGCAGAGUUGGACACAGCACAGUUGCAGUCUGGGUCGAACUUAAUGGAGUCAGAGAUCUAUACAUUAUGGAGAGCCAAGCUGGAUGGUACUGGCCUAGAACUGGAAUCCAGAUGAACCAAUUCGACCAAUGGGUCAAAUGGGCUAAUGAUGCAAGCUUCAACGUUGUUGUCCUGCCUCUUAAAGCUGAAAUACAAGCUCUUUUCAAUGAAACUUCAGCUUAUGAAUGGUUUAAGACUGUAGAAGGCAUGCCUUAUGGUUUCCACAAUUUCGCCUUCGGCUGGAUCGACACCCCUACCCAAAACUUCCCAGCAAUGCUCAAUUCUAAUUUCUUAAUGCCAGCAAUCCAGACUGUCUACAAGAUCAUGCCAGACGCGAUCAACAGUGUCUUCUUACACCCCCGUGAGUGAACAAAAAAAAAACUUGUUCGCUCACGGAGGGGGGUUAAUUUUUUUUUAAAAAAAAAUUUAUAUUAUGCCUUGCUAUUAUUGUGGGAGGGUUCUGGCAUGUGGAGAAAUUCCCCACAUGCCAGACGCCUCCUACAAUUAUAUCAAGGCUCUAUAUAUAUAAAUUUUAUAGAAAAUUUUUUUUUUUUCGAAUUUUAAAAAAAUCCUAAUCCGCAAAAUUUGGAAAGCAAAUAUUAUAAAAUUUAUGUUUCAAAACGCAAUUUAUUUAAAAUUAAACAGAAUUAGCUAUAGAUUUCAUUAUAAUAAUUAUCACUUAUAUAUCAAAUUUUUUUCAUGAAAAAUUUUUUCUAUUAAAAAAAUUUUUGUUUCACUCACGGAGGGUGGGUUUUUGGGCAAAAAAUAGGGAAUUUCUAAUGGUUUUGUUCACUCACGAAGGGGGGAGUUACUUUCCUUAAACAAGCAUGCUGGCACUGUAAACCUUACCCUCCCUGAACUUGAAGUUGCUGCAGGUGCCCAAAACAUGACUUUACUUGAGCUUGCUGCAGUUGUCGAACAAGAAGGGUGGAUGUACCCAGAUGGUUACGCCUACGUCUGCUCCAGCUUUGUGCUCGGCCUUUAUAAGCGUGCAGGCAUUCUUGGUAACUUGGUUCUCCAAGCUACUGAAUUCACCCCAAGAGAUGUGUACUCCCUAAACAUUUUCGAUCCAAACCCUCAAAUUCCUCAGAACUGCAAGGACCAAGACCCUGAUAUUCCUUAUUGCCAGCUGAUCGGAAAGUAUAGAGUCAACCUUGGAAGUGAUUACGCAAGCAUUGCACCUUAUAGUAAUAUGGAUCAGACCUGUCCAUCAAUUGCUCCUACCUUCUAUAGGCCAGAUGGAUGCUAA